AUGCCGCAAUCAAAAUUCCCAGAGCCACGGAUCCGAGUGACAACUCCUGAGUGCGGCUCGGCUCAUAAAUUCGAACCACCAAUCAAACUCUGGACAACUCCGCCACCCCACCACCCCACUAUCUACGUUGUGAGGAAGACCGGAAACAUGGCUGCGACAACAAUCCCACGUCGAAUAGCAUCACCCCCACUAUUCUUCUCUCCCCCGACCGCAUAUACACAUCUCCUAAAAUCGUCGUGCGCCUCAAGUAUCCGUUAUGAUUCCUCCUCCUCGAAUCAGUGGAAACGCCGACAAAUCCGUGACGUCUUUGCGACAGCCGCAAAGCGUGACGAUAUGAAGUCCCGCGCUGGCUACAAACUCAUCGAGCUGGACUAUAAGCACGGGAUCUUCGGGCCCGGGCAGACGGUUGUGGACCUGGGCUUUGCCCCAGGCGCGUGGAGCCAAGUUGCGAUCGACAAGGUCACACCGGAGGGACGAGUGAUAGGCGUGGAUAUACUACCGGCUAACCCACCUCCCGGGGUAUCCACGUUCCAGGGCUCGAUGAAGAGUCCGGGUGUGCGCGAGCUGCUGAAAAAGUUCCUCAUGGACCCGAGCCGCGGCAAGAUGCGGGAGAAUCGGUAUCUGCGGAAGGGCGAUGUGGACGAGGAGGAGCUGGAAGAGAUGGAGAGGGGCUACCUGGAUCGCGAGAGGGACGCUGAGCGUGAGGAGAAGUUUGAGGGGGUCGGCGAGGAUGAUACGAGGGGGCCGGUUGACGUUGUGCUUUCUGACAUGUUGAUGAACACGAGUGGGAUUCCGGUUAGGGAUCAUGCAUAUAGUAUUGAUUUGUGUUAUACCGCAAUGUCAUUCGCCAUGGAUGUGCUCAAGACCUCUGGGGUCUUUGUCUGCAAAGUUUAUAGCGGGGAUCAGGAGUGCGAGUUGAAGGCGAAAUUAAAGCUGAUGUUUUCCACGGUUUACUGCGACAAGCCAGAAGCUUCUAGGACUGAAUCGAGGGAAGUCUACUACGUUUCUAAAUUGCUGAGGAAGGGUGUUACGAAGGAGAAGGUUUUUCCUGGAGGGGAUUAUUAGAGGAAUAUGGUAGGUCAGCGGUGGUAUAUCGGUAGGGGAAUUAUGGCAGUGGAUGUAGUAUAAUCUCGUUGGUGGGGCGGGGCUUGAAAUCGGGAAGGCUUGAAUACCUUUUUGCAAUUUC